AUGAACAUGGAAAACGACUUGAAGGAAGAACUGAAUAGAAGAAUGAGAGCAGCAUGGGCAGCAUUCGCAGCCGUCGGGGAAGCUACGGACCAACUGACGGACCAAGAUCUUCGUGCCCAUCUGUUCGACUCGACAGUCCUUCCAUCGCUCUGUUACGCAGCGGAGACGUGGGCAGACACCGCGGCCACGUCUAGGAAGCUACUUACUACCCACAGAGCCCUUGAGAGAUGUCUACUGAAGUUUAACCGGCGCACACAACACCUUGCCGGUCUUCGUAGCUCCGACUUAAGAGGAAUGUCCCGUCUUCGCGACCCAGCGGAAUAUGUAUCGAAAGCAAAACAUAGAUGGGCCUGUCACAUCAUGAGAAGAAUCGACGAUAGAUGGACUAAAAGAACGCUAGAGUGGAUCCCAAGGGACGUUAAACGUCCCCGAUGGAGACCUCCAACUAGAUGGGGUGACGUGUUCGCUGCACGGAUGGACCAACUGGAUACGGCUCAAGGACCUCAUUAA